AGACAUGAACAGGUACAAGGGCUGAGCCCAAGGAUGCCGUGGUGUGUGCAGGUUGGGGAUAUGAGGAUAAACUGGUUGAGAAAAAUGAAAAGAAGAAGUCAAUAAUAUGUAAAGAAAAUUAAGAGAAUGUGCUGUCUGGAAACCAAAAAAAAUUAUUUCAAGGAAAAGAGAAUGAUCAACUAUGUCAAAUUCUGAUAAAUUAAAUGAUAGCUGAGAAUGGACCACUGAAUUUAGCAACAUGGAGGUUGCUGGCAAUCUUCACAAGAACUGCUGUGUUAUUAUUAUUUUCUGCUUCUCCCUCUGAGACGUGAACCUGAUACCUGGAUCUAUGGAGUAGAUGGUAAAUGAGAAAUGAGUAGUGGUAAAUGAGAAACAGAAACAUCCUCAACUUGAUAAAAAAUUUAUAUAUGCAGAAAACCUACAACUAACAUUGUACUUUACUGUGAGAAACUUGAAGCUUUUCCACCAAAAAUCAGGAACAAGGCAAAGAUGCCCUCUCUCACCACUGCUUUUCAACAUCAUACUGGAUAUCCUAGCUAAUACAGUAAGACAAGAAAAAGAAAUAAAAGGUAGAGAGACCUGAAGGAAGGAAACAGUGAAGACCUGAGAUGGAUGGCUCUCGUCAAAAGCUCAUAUUCUCUUUCCAAAGUAUUGAUAGAAUCCCAAGUAAGCAUUCAAUCAAGCACAAGUUCCCCAGACACCGACAAGUAGGACCAAUCAUGCCACUUUCUAGAACAGAAAAGGUCCACAUUUUUCUCUCCAUCUAUAAUACAAGGAAUCUGCAUAGGUUUGAUGUUAUGGCUCUGAUUCUGAGGGGAAUAGGUGUGUCUGAGAUUAGUUCACUGUGAAGGAGGUUACAGGCAUGGAGAGUUUCUGCUAACUACCCAAGCUCAUAAAUGCUUCCAAAUGGCUUUUUUCACUUUUAUGGGACCAAUCCUCAGAUCCCCACACACAUAAAAGGGGUGAGAGGGAUCCACUAGCCCCAGAGGACUCCCAGCUCCAGCUCUCCCCGCUCUGCAGUCGCCACUCUGCUCUUGCCCAGGACACCAUCAUGUCUUGCCGCUCCUACAGAGUCAGCUCUGGUCGCUGUGUGGGCAACUUCAGCUCCUGCUCAGCAGUGACCCCUCAGAACCUGAACCGCUUCCGGACCAGCUCUGUCUCCUGCAGGAGUGGGCCCAGCUUCCGGGGUCUCAGCAGCUUUGGCAGUCGGAGCGUCAUCAGCUUUGGAUCGUGCUCACCCCGGAUAGCAGCUGUGUGCCCUCGACCCACCUGCUAUGGAGUUGGCUUCGGUGAUGCAAGUGGUGCUGGUCUGGGGUUUGGGGCCGGCAGUUGUGUUGGCCUGGGGUUUGGAGCCAGAAGUGGUCUCGGCUAUGGCUUAUGCAGUCCUGGCUUUGGCUACCGAGUUGGAGGAGUUGGAGGGCCAGCAGCCCCAUCCAUCACAGCAGUGACUGUUAACCAGAGCCUGCUGACCCCGCUCAACCUGGAGAUUGACCCCAAUGCCCAGAGAGUGAAGAGGGAUGAGAAGGAGCAAAUCAAGACCCUCAACAACAAAUUUGCCUCCUUCAUCGACAAGGUGCGGUUCCUGGAACAGCAGAAUAAGCUCCUAGAGACAAAGUGGAGCUUCCUCCAAGAGCAGAAAUGUGCCAAGAGCAACCUGGAGCCCCUCUUUGAGAGCUACAUCACCAACCUACGCAGGCAGCUGGAUGUAGUGAACAGUGACCAGGCCCGGUUGGAGGCUGAGAGGAACCACAUGCAGGAUGCCCUUGAGGGUUUCAAGAAGAAGUAUGAAGAGGAAGUGGGACUUCGGGCCAAUGCUGAGAAUGAGUUCGUGGCUCUGAAGAAGGAUGUGGAUACAGCGUUCUUAAGCAAGGCUGAUCUAGAGGCCAAUGUGGAUACCCUAAUUCAGGAAAUUGACUUCCUGAAAACCCUGUACACAGCGGAAAUCCAGUUACUACAGUCACACAUCUCAGAGACAUCAGUCAUUGUGAAGAUGGACAAUAGCCGGGACCUGAACGUUGACGGGAUCAUCGCCGAUAUCAAAGCCCAGUAUGAAGAGAUUGCCAGACGCAGUCGGGCUGAUGCGGAGGCCUGGUACCAGACCAAGUACGAGGAGAUGCGAGUGACAGCUGGUCAGCACUGUGACAACCUGCGCAGUACUCGGGAUGAGAUCAAUGAGCUGAACCGGCUGAUUCAGAGGCUGAAGGCAGAGAUCGAGCAUGCCAAGGCUCAGCGCUGCAAGCUCGAGGCCGCCGUAGCCGAGGCUGAGCAGCAGGGAGAAGCUGCCCUCAAUGAUGCCAAAUGCAAGCUGGCAGAGCUGGAGGGUGCUCUGCAGCAAGCCAAGCAGGAUAUGGCGCGGCAGCUGAAAGAGUAUCAGGAGCUCAUGAACGUCAAGCUGGCCCUGGACAUCGAGAUCGCCACCUACAGGCGCCUGCUGGAAGGCGAGGAGAUCCGGAUCUGUGAAGGUGUUGGACCAGUAGACAUAGCGGUGAGUAGCUCCCGGGGCGGCCUGGUGUGCGGGCCCGAGUCCCUGUUCAGCAGCUCCAGCCUCUGCCGUGGCGGGGUCACCAUCUCCGGAAGCAGCAGCAGCAGCAACAUCCGGUCCAGCGGCUUCUGCAGCUCCAGCGUGGGCGGGGCCCGGGUUGUGGGCGGCGGGGAUCUGCUGGGCGCCGGCUCCCGAGGGGGCUCGGUGCUGGUGGGCGAAGCCUGCGCUCCCAGCGUCCCCUGCCCGCUGCCCACUGAGGGCGGCUUCAGCAGCUGCAGCGGCGGCCGCAGCAGCCGCAGUUCUACCGUCCGCUUCGUGUCCACCACCACCUCCCAUCGGACCAAGUACUGAGAGCAAGCGCUGGCCAGCCACCGCCCUCAGAAGAACCAUCUCCAUGCCUUCUGCUUCUGUCCCCAAGGUGCCCAGAGUCAGGCUGGAGGGCGCUGUAGGUACCCCUCCUGCCAAGAAGCCAGGGGCUGCGCUGCCUGGCCUCUGUCCUCUGGGGGGAUUUUUUUCACCUCUUAAGACACUCCAUCCACAGGCCCCAGAGGACUGGCUUUCUCCCUGACUCCCCGUUUCCUUCUUUGGGUCACUCCUCACCACCCAACCCAACAGCCUAAAGAAAGUACAAAAACCAAUGUGUUGGGGGAGAAAUAGACCAGUUCAACACCAAAAAGAAUGUGUCUGGGCACCAUCACCAUCCUAGCUUUGGAUUAACUUCAAGAAUGGAGAGCUGGUUGUCCACAGAGCAGGGGUCCUCAGCCCACCAGCCUCUGCUUCCCUGUCCUAACUUUCCCUGGCAGAAGGUUCUUUCCUCCUCUUCCUGACCCAGAAGGAGCCACCAUCUUCAGUGGCCCAAGGGAUCCCUGAGUCCCCAGAGAUGGUUCUUCUCCAAGUGGCAUUGGUCCUGGCUGCUUCUCUUCCUGGGGUGUUGGUUUAACCCCGGCACGCGAGUCCACGAGGUGGAUGGGUGCAGGUGGAGAGGCGGGCCCUGCAACACUCCAUGCCCCUGCUGGUGGUGUGAGGGGAGUCCAGCCUUCCACUGCAAGAGGGUUUAUGUCUGCAAGCUCCAAGGAGGCCUGGGCUGGGGUGGGUGCCUGUUUGUACUGCUCUUUGUGUUGCUGGAAUUUCAAUAAACUUGCAAGCUAACA